AUGGCCGGCUCUGAUGCGGUUCUGAUGAACUGGAGCCACAGUUUCACCUUUGACCCAGACUAUACCCCAUUUUGGGAAGCAUCCAUACGAGGUCUGGACCUGGCAUGGGAGAUGGGCACUUUGCUUAUGACACCUUCUUCAUCCUUCUCCUCUAUGUCUUUGCGACCGAAGAGAAGCAGGGCUUUUGUGAAAAGGGUGACUUUUGAAGACGAAGUGGAGAUCUAUGUGGGGCAUGAGGUCUCUCGUAGUCGUCAACCUGAAGGUGAAGCACAUCCCAGCCGACACAGUGGUCAAGACCUGAUGGAGUAUGACGAGGUAUCAUGGAUGUCUGCAGGUUGGUUUGCAGAUAACUUGCAGCAUCCUCCACAUUUGAAUCGUGAUGCAGCUGCGGUUUUUCAUCAUCAGCAUGCUGUUCACCAGGAUGACAUGGACAUGGAGGAGCCAGAGAACACCCAUGGAGAAGAAGGAGCAUCCUCAUCCAGUGACUCUGAUAGUGAGCAACCCAGACGGCCUGCCAUUGUCUACACCGUGGACAUGAAUCCCAUGCACUGUAGGCCUCGUUGGGACUCCUAUGAGAAGCUCCACAAAGACAUUGCGUAUCAGUUUGACAUGAGCAUCCAUGACAUCACCAUUAUCCACGCGGUACAGUCUGUGCCUUUGGACCUCCUGACUGCCAGAGUACAACCUUUCAUUGCGCAGAAACCAGGGGAUGUUACUGAGGGCUCGACGUUCCAAUUGGUACUCAUUGACGUUGAGUUUCACAAUGCACAGCCGUCAAUGGAGCCUGAAUCGGUGAGGCGUGUCAAGCUCUUUCCAAUGACAGUCUCACGGAAAGCUAUCAUUGCUAUGCUGGGACUUGAAGCCCACUGCCGUUAUGUGAGAAAGGCGUGCUUGAUGUGGCACAAUGGACAGCCGGUGCGCUCCCAGAGCAAAUCUCUUGUGAACUUUCUGCAUGGGGACUACUUGAGGGUAGCAGUCCCGCCAGGUAGAGGUGAGCUUCGAGAUUAUCACACUCGUGAUGUUGCUCAAUGUUUUCGCAGAGGCUACCGGGCUAGCAACAUCCCAACUGUGCUUGAAGCACUCCCGGAUGGUAUUGGAGUUGCUGAUAUGCCAGUUAUUGACCAUUUCAACUACAUUCCCAAAGCGCAAGACCUGGACUAUGAUCGGGAUGCAAUGGCCCUUUUUCAACUUCCUGGCUGGAGCCUACCUGCAUUUGACUAUUGGCCUCCAUUUCUGUCUAGCCGCAGUGGUCCCCCGGUGACCACAUGCAAAGUGAAUGAACAUGAUGUUCGCGAGCCUGAAAUGCUAGCAGAUGAUCCCAUGGAGAUCCAAGAAGGAGGUAGACCAGAGCUUGAUUUUGGUGACACUACUGCAUUUCUACAAGAACUGCAUCCUCUUUGGAUCCAACUCUCAGCAACAGAAAGAGAAGAUGAAGGCAGAGUGUUGUACGUACGUACUUGGUACUCAGAUCAUGAUCGCUUUCCACAUUGUGAAUCAGAUCGACCUGUUCGACUUCUUUCUGAUCCAUGGCGCUGGCUUGACACCAUUGCGGAAGCUUGGGACGAUCGCGUUGAUCCUGAUGCCCGCCUGGACCUCUUCAUUGUCAAACCCACGCCGGGAAGAGGAAGUGACGGUCCACGAGCGGUACCCCAUGUGAUCAUUGUGCAGCAUCCGCGAGCGGCCCUUAGCAGUAUCCAUGUGACAAAGAUUGACACAUAUGACUCCAGGGAGCCCAAGAGCGAGCAGGUCACAGUUGGGCCUCGACAGCUGCGGAAACAUUUCUUCCUGCAAUACUUUGGCUUGUUGGGCCGCAACGCAGUCGAGAGUCUGAUCGACUGCAUGAUUUGGCAUGGUGACCAUUUGCUGGACCACACAGACCUGAUGAUUGCCCGACACGGAGACAGUUUCCUGGUGAUCAACAACCAUCUCCGUGAUAUUGUGGCGCAAGCAGCCAGUCAGCAUGCGUCAACCAGUUCUUCAUCACUGAAUUUGCUUCAAACACAGUCAGUGGUUUUGAGGAAGUCAGACAUUGACAGCGACAGCUACGCAGAGAAGGAACGAGCGACUGGUCGAGCACUUCAAUUGGUCUGGCGCUUUGACAAGAUGCCACACCCAUCCUAUAUUGAAGUGUCCGCACAACCGACAAGGGAGGAGAUUCAAUGGGAAUUGAACAGCUGGGGCCUUUCCUGGGACUUCAUUCUCUGUCUUGAGAGGGAUGCUAUCAUCUGCCUUCCUGCACAAGUUCCAUCCACAGAGGUCUUUCAGCACUAUGUUUUUGUUCAUACUGAAGUCUCUGACGAUGAUUGGGUCUUCUUGCACUCCUCGCAGAACCUGCUGACGCCUCAUGAGAUCCUUUGCCAUCUCUAUGCACUUGGAUUCUGGCGGGCGGUGAUCUUAAAGAGUGAGCAAGUCUACUCCAACAUCACCAAAAUCACCUUUCAGAACCAGAAGGUUAGCAUGGCCCCGCCAGUACAGAAAGCAAAGCCUCCCCUCCAUUGGCCAGUGCAACAACAUGGACAACGAGGUCCCCAUCCUUUCUUCAAAAAAGAUCAUAGCUAUGACAGCAAGCAACUGGUCAGGACGGGUCUUACUAGUGAAGACAUUUCUGUCCUUUUUGCGUCUCAGCAUGACCUUCUACGAACUGAUGUGGCUGACUUAGAUCUGCCUGAGGAAAUCAAACAGGCUGUCGCCCAAUGUGAUGCCACCAUUGCCAAUGACGAGCUUGACCGUCUUUUGAUAUAUGCUGAUGGCUCUUCACUUGGGACGCUGAAGCAGACUCCUCCCCUACGGGCUGAAGAAGAGGGCACAGGAGACACCUGGGCUUUCCUAGUCCUGGGGGAGCGCUAUGACCCGCCAGGUCUCAAGUUCAUUGGAUGGAAUGCUCAUGCUGUCCAUUAUGACAGCUGUAGCAACAUGCAUGUUGGAGCACAUCGAAUUGGAGCAGAUGUGGCAGAAAAGGAAGGACUGGCAUGGGCUGCCUUCUGGCGCAUCAGCCAAAACUGGAACAUAGCAACGUGUUUCCGGUCAGACUCGAGAACCGCACUUGGUCAAGCAGCUGGUCAGAAAGGAACAGCGGACAUGGAUGGCACUUUCACCUUCCUGCGAGGGACUUUUCAGGCGGUUGAAGCCGCUUUGGCGCCUGAGGAGGUUCUAUAUUCCCAUGUACCCGGCCACGCUGGCGAAGUAUGGAACGAGUUCUGUGAUUGGCUGGCCAAGCAGGAGCGAAUCAAAAGCCACUAUUGCCCACGACCAAAGUUUGACAUGAGCAAAUGGAGGGCAGCAGUAGGAUAUGUCUGGAUGCUGUUCAACUCCCAGCCUGAUGUUCCCUUAUUUUGUGGACAUGGCCUACAUGCUCCAGCGCCUGACCUUCCUCCACAACAAGAUCUACAGCAGGUUCCCCAACAGCCCACGAAGACAUCGCUCCUGAAGUUCUCCCUGAGUGCUUGCACGGCGAAUGUGGGCUCUCUGAGUGGUGGUCCCGAUGGGCAUGCGGGCAAGGUCCAAUACAUGCGCAAGCAAUUCAGUGACCUUAAGUUCAACUUCCUCGGGCUUCAGGAAACGAGAACCCAGGAGUUUUGCUCGUGUGUCGACCAGAUCUACCGGCUUGCGUCUGGAUGUGCUGGCAGGCACCAAGGUGUGGAGCUUUGGGUCAAUCUGAGCCAACCCUAUGGGUACUUAGCUGGACAGCCUUGCCUCUUCACAACAGAAGAUUUCAGGAUUGUCUACAAAGAUGCACGUAUCCUGCUGGUGCAUGUUGAAACCAUUCAUUGGCGAUGUUGGAUUCUUGUUGCCUACGCACCUCAAAGUGGCAUAGCCUUGCGAGAAAGGGAAGACUGGUGGCAGCAAUUGCAUCAAGUUUUACACCAUCGUUGUCUCCGAGAUCCGCUCAUUGUUCUUAUUGACGCCAAUGCGUCGCCAGGAGCUUGGGAUCAAUGUGUCGUGUUCACAGAAGGCCUCCACACCUCAUCAGGUACACCUUUGCUCCGGGAAUUUUCGAUUGCGCAGGAACUGUUUAUGCCGAGCACGACUGAGGCUCACCAGGGCCCUCGAGAAACAUGGACUGAUCCACAAGGGUGUCACUCAUACUGCAUUGACUAUGUGCUCCUGUCUUCUCAUUUUCGUGAAGCAUGCGCCAUCUCCAAGAUUGUGCCGGAGCUCGACAUCAGUCCUGGCGUUUGGGAUCAUGAAGCCACUGCUGUUGAACUUUCAUGGACGGAAUACAUUCGAGCCCAACUUCAUCCUGAUGUUGUGAAGACAGCGCUCCAACGCUAUGAACCAGGAAAUUGGAGCACAGACAUUGUGACGCACAUUGACCAGCUCAAUCAAAGUGUUUUGCAGGGCAUCAGAGACAUUUGUCCUCCGCCUCGGAGACUUGCCAAGAAGCCCUUUGUUUCUGAUGAGCUGUGGCAGCUGAGAGCUGAGAAGUUGUCAGCAAAGGCGCGCCUGAAAAGUCUAGCCAAAAGGCGCAGGGAAGAGAGCCUUGUUGUCCUUUUUGGAUUGUGGAAGACUCAUGCAGAUCUGGCCAGCAACCAACCUCAGCAGGCAGGCCAUCGCUAUUGGCAUUACAUGAGUUACCUGGACCUCUCCAAUCUGCGCUUGGUUGGGCAAUAUUAUCACACCAGCAGACGUCUUCGACAAGGACUUCGCCAAGCCAAAGGUCGACUUAUCCAGCAGCAAUUUGAAGAUCUUCCAGAUGGAGCGCCAGCUUCGCAGAUUCUGAAAAUGCUUCGUCCUCUUUUGGGGCCUUCUAACUUGAAGAAGUUGAAACAGACCACUCUCCCGUUUGUGAGAAAGGAAAACGGAGAUGUCUGCAUCUUACCGAAUGAGGCAGUAGAGGUGUGGCUGAACUUCUUUAGCAAAAUGGAAGGUGGUGUACGGAUGGAUCUGCACACUCAGAGAGAGCUUUGGAUUUCCAACCUUGCUGCACUACGACAGCAUGAGUUUGACAUUGCGGCCGAGGAACUCCCGCGCCUACUUGAUCUUGAGGCGGCGCUGCGGAGAGUCAAUCCCUCCAAAGCAACAGGACCUGAUCAAAUGCAUCCUGGCAUUUGUGGUGGGGCCCCACAGAUUUUGGCGCGGAAGCUAUUUGGACCUCUCAUGAAGCUGGUUGUCCACGGACAAGAGGCCCUCCAGCACAAAGGUGGGUUGCUCCAUCCUGUAUGGAAAGCUAAAGGCCGAAAGGAUUGCUGUGCCUCAUAUCGCAGCAUUCUGAUAUCCAGCCACAUCGGCAAAAGCAUACAUCGGAGCAUUCGACAACAUCAGACCACGCUCUUCACCAAGUUCCUACAGCAGGAGCAGCUGGGUGGUCGGCCUCGCGUGCCUGUCACUUUAGGGGUCCACAUCGGGCGUGCCUUCAUGAGAGCCAAGAAGCGGCAUUCUUCGUCCUUUGGUCGUCGGCGGUGA